CAACUUCCAUUAAAUGGCCAUCGUGCUGUGUUGGAGCGGAUUCAGAGCACAAGACGACCAGCGACACACAAGGAUGGAUGCGACAGCGGAAGGUGAGCGGAGGGCGCAAGCGCAAGCGGCACAUGUCAACAGGGAAGAAGGGGAAUCACAACAAGAACGACAACAACAAGCACUCCUGCAACAACAACAACAACAACAGCAACAGCAGCAACAACAACAACAGCAACAGCAGUCAGAGGACUCAGGGAAAAAGGCAUACUACAAUGAGAACGAGGCGACAUUGACCACCGUGCAGGCGACGUUGGAAUCUGCCGUGCUGGACACACAUCAAGCACCUGCAUCCUCAGCGUCACAAGCAGGCCAGCAGGAAGGUACUACAACACGUGAACCCCACCAGCAAUCCACCGUAUCUUCCCCUCCACCCACCACAGCUCCCGCAAUAGCGACGGAUCAGAAUCAAGCACAGUCCUCUGUGCCCUCAUCAUCGACACCACCAACACAACAACAACCGCCCCACCACCAACAGCAGCAGCAACAACAACCAACACAGCAGCCACAGGCACCACAACCGCCGCAGCGGCAACCCACAGAGGCCCACCAGCAACAACAGCAGCGGCAAGAGCAACAGCAAGAUCAGGUGGAGGCCGUGCAGCGGGGACAGAACGAUCACGAAGGUGGUGACCAAGCAUCCAGACUCACGAGCACUGCUCCCAAGUCCUCCGCAGCACCACACGUUCCCGACACAGCCAUGACGGCUCCUGUGGUCGCCCAGGCCCAAGCACCAGCGCAAGGGCCACCCACGACCACGAGCAACAGCGACAGCUCUGCAAACCAAUCUGCAACUGCUGUCACAUCUGCAACGACACAGGCAGCAACCGCAGCGCCAACAACGACUCCACAGCAAGGUGCAACGGCAGCACCAAGCAGCACAGCACCACAAACGCCAGCCACAUCUGGGCGCGAUCGUGAUGCGCAGGACAACAAUGACACCAACGACGUGCCUGGCGUACGCAAGGCGUCGGCAGUUGAGACAGCGGAGAUGCCGCUCACGUUUGUGGCGGGACGAUCAGGGCCAACCACGCCCUCUGCAUCUUCGCACGCUAUGCACUCCCCUCGCUCUCCACCAAGUACACUUCAGUCGCCAACCAAGGGCAGUGGCGCCUCCGUCGGCAGCGGGCGUGCUGGCGAGUCGUCGUCGUUCACGUUCCACGUGGGCAUGACACCGCCCAAGAGCGACCAGGACAACGCCGCUUCCACAGACGAUCAGCAGCCUGGUGCCAGCACCGCAGGAGCAGCAACAACGACCACGCGCAGGGCCAUGGCGCAGUCGUGUCCUGCGACGCCCGCUGCGUCCAGCGCCAACCUCAUGGCGCGACCAGGGAUGGUGGCGGCGUCGUCAUCACCAUCGUCGGCGGCAGACAGCAAGCCCGACAACGCGGGUGACCCGCGCAACGAGAACAAGGACGUGAUUGUGUCACGUCGCGGCACGGUUGUCGGCAAGCGGGGGUCCAUUGCCGACCUCCGCAUGCGGUUCACGCAGCGCGCUGCCACCAUCUCCACGUCUGCGCCGGCGACGCCACGCGGCCGCUCCAUGAUCAACCUUGGCUCGGGCAGCGGCGGUGUUGGUGGUGUUGGUGAUGGCAGCAGCAGUGCCCGUCGGUCGACGGUUGUUGCGCCAAAGGGCGUUGUUGGGCGCUUCCGCAAGUUCUUUAUGAAGAAGGCGGAGGAAAUCAAGGAGAAGACGCUCGCAGACGAGCUGCGUGAGAAAGAGGAGGCCGAGGCCGAGCGCGUCGGCGGGAAGAUUGUUGUGUACACAACAAGCGUAUCCACCGUCAAGGAAACAUACUGGAACUGCCAGCAGCUGCUGAAGAUUCUUCACGGGCUCCUUGUGCAGUAUGAGGAGCGAGACAUCACCCUCAGUCGCGAUUAUCAGCGCGAACUUCGCGAGCGGCUGCCCGGUGCAUCGGUGCCACAGCUCUUUCUCAACGGACACCACAUGGGGGGUCUGGAAGUCCUGCAUCGUAUGAAUGAGAACGAUGAGCUCCGUGGAAAAUUCGCCAAAGUGCCGCGCCGGAAGAAGGAGAAGGAGUUCCACUGCGACGUGUGUGCGGACCGCCGCUUUGUGCUGUGCACGUGGUGUGGCGGCGACAAGAAGAGCAUGAUGUCUCGGUUUGGAAAGGAGCUUGUGAAGCUCAAGUGCACGGCGUGCAACGAGCACGGCCUGAUGAAGUGCCCCGCGUGUGUCUACGGCGUCGGCUCAGAGUCCAGCGCAUAAAUCCUGCCACGUGGUGUGUGUUUGUCUGUGUAUGUGUGUGUGUGUCUGUGUAUGGGUGUGUGUGUUUGUGCUUGUGUGUGUGCGCGUGCGAGAGAGUGUGUGUGUAUGUGUGCGCGUAUUUGCCUUUUCUCUCCCUGUCCCUGUCUCUGCGUCGUGCUCUCUCCGAUGUUGUCGUGUUUCUCGACGUGAUGUCACUUUCAGCGGUAGGAGUGAGUGAGUCUGUGUCGAAGGCACAUGGCUGUCGCUCUGGUAUCUGAUGUGUGUGUGUGUGUAGUGUGUGUGGUAAUGUACCCGUGUGUAUUCCGCCCCACCACCACCACCAAUUUCCACUGCCUAGGUGAUUUGAUUGCUUUGUUCGUUCACUUGCCCGCCCCUUGGCCACUUGCUCUGCAUCGGUUUGGUUCUCUUCCCUCCCCCCCCUCCCGGCCUCCACCUCUUGCUUGACCACGCUGGUUUCAUUUGUUCGUCUUUUACUGCUAUGAGUGCCUGAUCCGAUCAACGAAUGAUACACACACACACACGCA